ACAAAGAAUUCACUCUUCUUUUCUCUCAACAAGAAGCAUUUAUCACCACAAUCACAUAAUAAAACAUUUCUCAACUCACUAUGAGUCUCAACCACAAUCGCAAUCAGAAAUUAAACUAAUAAAACCAGUAAUCCCUGCAUAGAAAAUUAGUUCAGGAGAUCACCAAAAAGCACACAAUCCAAAAUCAUAGUAAUCCCUGCAUUGUCCGGUCACUGGAGAUCAGUCACUUGUGUCCCUUCUGCUGCCAAAGUGCCUCCUCAACCCUGUUGAGCCCCAUUAAGCCUCUUCAUUUAUUUGCAAUUGCUAGUUUAGUUUCUUCUUCUAUUGUCACAGUCUAGUACUGUUUAAUUUGCUGAAAUUAUAAUCUUUUCUACACUACUGCUUUACAACUGGACAACAUGCAUUCUGUAGUUGUAAUUGGCCUGCAUACUUAGAGAAGCUUUCCAUUAUAAAUGAAGGGAGAGUCAAGCAGCUCUGUUUUUAGGUCCAUUUUCUAUUUGCUUUCUGUUUGUUUAGUUGGUGGUGAUAUAGGGUUGGCAAUACUUGGUUCAGAUGUUUAAAGCAGUCAUUGCAGUAGUUUAAUUAGUAAGUCAUGUGAUUUAAUUGGUCAAUUAGGGAUCCAUAUAUGAAUUACACAGUUAAUUUCGUUUGAUGUGAGGCCUAAUCAUCCUGCUUUUAUCUUGGAUCAAAUAUGUUGAUGAUUCUUUUGGACUUAGUAGUCGAGGAUUUGCAUUAUAGGGAACUUGGACUUCAUAAUGGGAUUCUUCUUAAUGUGCUGCUUCAAUUUGAGUAAUGUAAUAUUCUUUAUUCUCUCAAGUGAAAGAGGUCUUAAAGAUACUAAGUUCAGCUGGAAAAGAGGUGGGAGAUAUUGCUAUCAGGUGCUCACUCUCUUUGAGUUCACUUUCAUAAUUUGUCUUUUACUAGAUAUUUGUGUGUGUGUGUUCUUGAUGAGAGAAUGUAUAAGUUGAUUUUAGGUUCUGAUAACAGUUUUGGGUCCCUAAUUCCUUAUCAACUUAACCCAAAGCUAGCUUCUUGCUUUCUCACUAUUUCUCACUUCUCUAAUAAAUUAUGCACCCAAAGUUCUUAGUGAUGCGGUUCAAGAUGUGCAGUUUGUUCAAUUGCGUAGUGAUUAUGGCUGCGUUUUUGGUUCUGUGUUCAAUCAAUUUCUACGCAUUUGGUCCUUCUUCUUCUUCAGAGACCACCAUGCACACCAACAAUUGGACUGUUCUGGCCUGCACCUCUCGCUUCUGGUUUAAUUAUCGACACAUGGCCAAUACUUUAUCCUUGUACAGGACAGUUAAGCGACUUGGAAUACCUGAUGAGAUGAUAAUACUUAUGCUGGCGGGUGACAUGGCCUGUAAUGCUAGAAACAAGUACCCUGCCCAAGUUUUUAAUGAUGAAAAUCAGAGACUCAACUUGUAUGGAGAUAAUGAUGAGGUGAGAUGCCCUGAUUAUAGGUUCUGAUAUACGUGUCUACUUGGGUACUAUGUCAAUAUUGUGAGACUGAGAACUGAGAAUUUAGGUCAAUCUGAUUGUUUCUCCUUUUGAAUGUACUUCUGCUCAAUUUAUUUUCUAAAUUUCUUUUUC